UCGGUGUUAUUAUCAUUACGCAGUUGUCAUCACUCACUGUGUUAUAAGCAUUACCUACGGUGUAGUUGUCAUCACUCACGGUAUAGUUGUCAUCAUUCACGGUUUAGUUGUCAUCAUUCACGAUGUAGUUGUCAUCAACCACGGUAUAGUUGUCAUCACUCACGGUAUAGUUGUUAUCACUCACGGUAUAGAUGUCAUCAACCACGGUGUAGUUGUCAUCACUCACGGUAUAGUUGUCAUCAACCACGGUGUAGUUGUUAUCACUCACAAAGAAGUUGUCAUCAACCACGGUGUAGAAGUCAUUACUCACGGUAUAGUUGUCAUCAUUCACGGUAUAUAUGUCAUCACUCACGGUAUAGUUGUCAUCACUCACGGUGUAGUUGUCAUCACUCACGGUGUAGUUGUCAUCACUCACGGUAUAGUUGUCAUCACUCACGGUGUAGUUGUCAUCACUCACGGUGUAGUUGUCAUCACUCACGGUAUAGUUGUCAUCACUCACGGUGUAGUUGUCAUCACUCACGGUGUAGUUGUCAUCACUCACGGUAUAGUUGUCAUCACUCACGGUGUAGUUGUCAUCACUCACGUUGUAGUUGUCAUCACUCACGGUAUAGUUGUCAUCACUCACGGUAUAGUUGUCAUCACUCACGGUGUAGUUGUCAUCACUCACAGUGUAGUUGUCAUCAUUCACGAUGUAGUUGUCAUCAACCACGGUAUAGUUGUCAUCACUCACGGUGUAGUUGUCAUCACUCACAGUGUAGUUGUCAUCACUCACAGUGUAGUAGUCAUUACUCACGGUGUAGUUGUCAUCAUUCACGAUGUAGUUGUCAUCACUCACGGUAUAGUUGUCAUCACUCACGUUGUAGUUGUCAUCAUUCACGAUGAAGUUGUCAUCAACCACGGUGUAGUAGUCAUUACUCACGGUGUAGUUGUCAUCAUUCACGAUGUAGUUGUCAUCACUCACGGUAUAGUUGUCAUCACUCACGUUGUAGUUGUCAUCAUUCACAAUGUAGUUGCCAUCAACCACGGUGUAGUAGUCAUUACUCACGUUUGAUAUAA